AGCUCCGCCCCCACCAUCAGCUCGUCUCCUACCUCGUCCCUCACCACGCACAAGAAAGCAAUAGAGGAGAUCGUCUCUGAAUGUCACCGCUGGGGACAAGUGGAUUUAUUGGCAUGUUCUUUACGGAAUUAAUGCGACUUUCUGAUUGAAAAGAAGCGGUUCUAUUGAAUGUGGGCUGCAGACGUCGCGGCCUCAUAUCAUUGCGCAACUGAAUCCAGCUCGACUUAUUCCUCUACUACUGGAUGAGCUAGCUUUUAGCCAGCACGCUUUUUAAACGGGGCUGGAACGCUUCAAGACCACUACUCAUACUUGGGAAUCGAAUCGGAUUGGGGCGAACAGAAAUCGUGCAUUGCUUUGCAUGCGCCACUGCAGAAGGACUUUCCAAGCGCGACUUUUUUGCAUAAAUUCUACCUUUUUGAGAGGGUACAUGGAUUGGAAACCAGUUAGAACAAGGAAGUCUUGAUUAACUUUAUAGCUUCCUUAUUAGCUAGCCAUUAGCUAGCCGAAUAGCUAUUACAAUUUGUGUAUUGUGGCUGCAGCUGAGGUGGUCGUACAGCCCAGCCCCCAAUUGAAUAGUAGAAUUGCCGUCCAAUCUUGCAUAGUAAACGGCUCAGUGUAACACACUUACCGUAGUGGCUAGUGUAAAGUCUACGUUUAAAAAUAAUAAUAAAAUGAUUCCCGACAAAGCUCCGAAGGACGACGUCUUCCAUGCAGCGGAGGAUCUGAAGGCGAAGGCUCACGUCCCGAGCUUCGAGAAAUACAAGGAGCUCUAUGAUAAAUCCAUAGAGAACCCAGAUGAGUUCUGGGGAGAUAUUUCCAAAGACUUCUUCUGGAAGACCAAGCAUACGGGCCCCUUCAUGGACUACAACUUUGAUGUGACCAAAGGGAAAAUCUUCAUCAAAUGCAUGGAAGGCGCCUCCACCAACAUCUGCUACAACCUGCUGGACCGCAACGUGCACCAUCGCAAGCUCGGCAACAAGGUCGCCUUCUAUUGGGAAGGCAAUGAGCCCGGGGAUGAGAUGACGGUGACCUACCGAGAGCUGCUCCAGAGGGUCUGCCGCUUCUCCAACGUCCUCAAGUCACAAGGUGUGAAGAAGGGCGACCGGGUCUCCAUUUACAUGCCCAUGGUGGUGGAGCUCGUGGUGGCCAUGUUGGCGUGUGCCCGCAUCGGUGCGGUGCAUUCCAUCGUUUUUGCUGGUUUCUCGGCGGACGCGCUGUGUGAGAGGAUCCUUGAUUCCCAGUGUUCGUUGCUUAUAACCGCCGACGGCUUCUACCGGGGAGAUAAGCUGAUCAACCUCAAGCUCAUUGCUGACGAAGCGCUACAGAAAUGCAGAGACAAAGAGUUCCCUGUCCGCAGGUGUAUCGUGCUGAAGCACCUGUCCAAAGAGACGGAGCAGGCGCCGCCGGGCUGCCAGUCUCCCCCUGCCAAACGCCCCUGUCCUGACCUACAGCAGAACAAACAGACAGACAAAGUUAGGAAAACGCGCCCCGUGCCCCAGGUCCCCUGGAACCCGGAUGUGGAUGCGUGUUGGCACGCUCUGCUGCGCGGCGUGUCUGACGAGUGUGAACCAGAGUGGUGCAACUCAGAGGACGCCCUCUUCAUCCUCUACACCAGCGGCUCCACGGGCAAACCCAAGGGCGUCCUCCACACGGUAGGAGGGUACAUGCUGUACACCGCCACCACCUUCAAGCUAGUGUUUGACUACCAUCCCGACGACGUCUACUGGUGCACCGCCGACAUUGGCUGGAUCACGGGCCACUCCUACAUCACCUACGGGCCGCUGGCCAACGGGGCCACCAGCGUUCUGUUUGAGGGCCUGCCCACCUACCCUGACGUGGGCCGCAUGUGGGACAUCGUGGACAAGUAUCACGUGAGCAAGUUCUACACCGCCCCCACUGCCAUCCGCCUGCUGAUGAAGUACGGCAGCCAACCGGUGCAGCAGCGCCGCCGUGCGUCCCUGAAGGUCCUGGGGACGGUGGGAGAGCCCAUCAACCCGGAGGCGUGGCAGUGGUACUACAACGUGGUCGGGGAGAAGAGGUGCCCCAUCGUGGACACCUUCUGGCAGACGGAGACGGGUGGACACGUGUUGACUCCUCUGCCUGCUGCCACACCCAUGAAACCUGGCUCAGCCACGUUUCCGUUCUUCGGCGUGGUGCCGGCCGUUUUGAACGAGUCCGGAGAGGAACUGGAGGGCCCCAGCGAAGGAUACCUGGUUUUCAAGCAGCCCUGGCCAGGUUUGAUGAGGACCGUCUACGGCAACCACCAGCGCUUUGAAAGCAUCUACUUCAACAAGUUCCCCGGGUACUAUGUCACCGGAGACGGUUGCCGUAGAGACAAGGAUGGCUACUACUGGAUCACUGGGCGGAUAGACGACAUGUUAAACGUCUCAGGUCACCUGCUGAGCACGGCUGAGGUGGAGUCCUCCCUGGUGGAGCACGAAUCGGUGGCGGAGGCUGCGGUGGUGGGGCGCCCCCACCCCAUCAAGGGGGAGAGCCUGUACUGCUUUGUGACACUCAACCAGGGGGUGACGUACAACGCCGCGCUGGAGGCCCAGCUCAGGAAGCAAGUCCGGGACAAGAUAGGAGCGAUCGCCACUCCAGACUUCAUUCAGAACGCGCCGGCACUCCCCAAGACCAGAUCUGGGAAGAUAAUGAGGAGGGUGCUCCGUAAGAUCGCCCGCAACGAGCGGGACCUGGGCGACAUUUCCACCCUGGCCGACUCCUCCGUCGUGGAGCAGCUUUUUGAGAACCGCUGCAGCGUCUGACCUCCUGUCCUCCAGGGGGCACCCAUGAGCCUCCAGGGUCCUCCAGGGGGCACCCAUGAGCCUCCAGGGUCCUCCAGGCAGCCCCGACCCUCAGCCCGGCCAUCGAGGGCACAAGUCAUCAGGGCAGGAACCCAAGGGGAGGACGAUGGAAGAGGGAUUCCACCAUUGGCCGCUUCUAGAGUAGAAUUGGCUCCUAGACAAAUUAUGUGUUUCCAGUAGGACCUCCGCAGUGUUUCCGAGUGGGCAAGUUCUCUUGGGUCGCUUACAGGGGUUCCCACUUUCGACUUCUUUAUGUAAAUCUCGUGAAACGGGGGGUCGAUUGCUCCGUUAAGGUGUGGACUGUUCCAUUGCUCCAACAGGCCGGGUGAACCUAACUGUUAUGAAAACGGUAUGCCUUCUUCCAGGUCAUCUUGCUCCCAUAGCCCUCAGAGAGACCUGCAGUAUUGCUGUUUAAAGCUUUUUUUGCUCUUUUUUUUUUGUCCAUUCACUGAAACGAUUCUCAUUUUUUCAAUGCUUUUUGUUGUGGGCUUUGUGGAUAUAAGGGGAUUUUACUUUGACGUAGGAUUUGUUUGGUUUUAUUUCCAUCGCCGUGUUUGUUCACUGAAAUCUAAGAACUAAUCGAGUCCAUUUCCUGCCAUACUUUUACCAAAUACUCACCCAGUAUCUCAGUUUAUUACAUUGGUUGGUUCACCAUGAACACUGAAUCCAUUUUUAACUUGCUCAAUGUGUUCAAGGGGGCGAUGGAUGAGCAGUGAAACAGAAUCCGUUCUGCAAGGAAAAAAGAAAGAAAACAAAAAUACUCGUAAAAAAAAACAAAAACAUUUUCCUACAGUAUCCUAUUUCACAAAGUGGAGCUUUUCUCUCCUGGUGCGCCUCGCCGACCGAGUAGAGGCACACUCGGCCGGUCCACAACCUCAAAAGAACUUCACCCGGCGCCGACGCAGAGCUGGGAAUAACGCUGUGCUGAAGGGGAAGGGGUUUGAAACUCUCUAGCCACACACGUGGGGCUACCCUGGGUCCUUGAGUUGUACAGGCUACAGGAGAAUACUUUGUACAGUCGUCGAUUGUUGAUGAACCAGAUUUAGAAUCGGGUAGAGCUAUAUCAUUUAACGUUUGUUUGCUUUGUAUAUGUGUCUAAAAGUGCCAACGUAUGCAGCUAUAGAACAGGGCAGUGUGUGUGUAUUUUGGUGUCUGGUGUGUUCAUUUUGCUACUGCUAAUCAAAAGGCACAUUUGUUUGUAUGAAAGAAAUCAGGAGCUUAACUAAACAAUUAUUAAUGUUUGUGGUAUGUGUGUUCUUAAUGUCGAUGCGAAUGCAACAGUAAAUGUAUACGACUGAAAUAUGAA